AUGAAGAACUCAAGCCGCCGUCUCCUAUAUCGAAGCUUCAAUGGGAAACUCUCACCAGAACAAUGCUUGGAGUGUUUGAGGGGCUUUUCUCAAGUACUUCACAAGAACUCUUCCCUCGGCCGUGAAAUAAGCCUUGAAGACAUCUUCAAGAUCCUUCUCAAGCAAACUCCUAAUCUCCGCUGCCUCGUGGUACCUAGCUAUCGACGAUUCACAAAAUUCCUCAACAAUCUUCUAAAGGACAAUGAUUUUCUGGGUCAACUCCGGAUUUUCGACUCGCGGAUGGCUGGUUCGACUGAUCUUAGUAGCUUACAGUGGUGGUGCCCUAUCUUUAGGCCCCGGCAGUUAUCAUACAUUUCGCUCGCAAACUGCGAGGUUUGGAAUCACAAUGACAUUCCACCUGAAGUCCAAAUCAGUGGAGGACUUUCAGUCCGUCACAUUGAGAUCGAGGCCAGUGUUUUGCGCUACUCUACUCUGGCACGCUUAAUUCGGAACUGCAAACGCCUUGAAACGUUUAGAUAUGAUGAAUCGCCAAGUUUCUACGACGGAGACUCAGAUCCUGGAACCAUUAUCCGCGCACUUUCAUUGCAUCAGGACAGUCUCAAGCAACUCCACCUUGACUGUCCUUCGAGGGGCGAGGAUCAGAACCAUGACCAAGUCCCAAAACUUGAAUCCUUGGAGAGUUUUCUGAGUUUGGAAAAGCUAUAUGUCACACAAAGCUCUCUCCCUCGGUGUCCUUUGCUACCUCCAUCGCUAAAAGUCCUUGACAUCAACAGUCGAUUAGAGCCCUUGGAGCCGGAGCUAUUUCACAACCUUGGAAUUGCAAGCCAUUCAUCACUAAAGGCAUUGUCAGAGCUGUAUAUUGAUUUGCUUAAAUUUGAGGAUUAUCAUGAGGGGACAUUUGACAGCUUCAACAGCAGACAAUUGCGGUCCAUUUUCAGCCCAGAAAAGGGGGUGAACGGCGAAAUCAAGAACGCUCCGCAGCACUUAUGUUACGACCUCUAUCUGGAAAUCAAGCUCGGUGUUGAUUACAACACCCAGGGCUGUUUGUGA